GCGCUCUGACUGCGCCUGUGCUGGGCGUCAUGCAAAGGAGGCGGGGCUACGUGGAGUGUUCCCAGUCUGCCGGGUGGUUCACUUCUCUAGUUGGGUAGUGUCAGUUACACGGAAAGAAUGAUUCAACAUCUGCAGUGAUGUGAAUGGGCAGCAGAUCGAAUCUCCGAAUUUAAGUGAUUUCCAGUUUGUUACUACUGAAGUGAGAAAUAGGAAACAUUGAAAUAAAAACGCUAAGGUGGAGAUAAUGCCUUUCAUAAACGAUUUGGACACCUGAGGGUUGGAAGCAAAAAACCUUUAUUUUAAUCCUGAAUCAACUUUGAUCUCUUUUACGUCCAUUUAUAAUUUAUAUUUUUAAUUUUAUUAAGUUUAGCCCUAACUCCAUGGUCAGCCAUCACUGAUUUUCAAUUUAGCGAAAGAUUAAUACACGAGAAUACUUUUUCCCAAGAGAAGAAUGGAAAGGGAAAGUGUAGACUGAGGUUGACAGUCCCUCUUAGGCCACCGUAAGAGGGUGGUCACGUGCCGGUGUCUUGUCCCUCCUUCCGUUGAACUGUAGCAUGUGACUGUUCCUCAUGCUUUCUCUCCGCUUUUCGCACCGACUGCUCCUGCUGCGGCUUGGUGCUGGCCUUCCUGCCGCUCGCCAUGGCUCCCCGAGGCUGUGCAUCCCUCCGGGUCUCCCGGUACGGCUGCAACAGGGCCCAGCAGCAAAAGGGGUGCCGGGCGUGUGGACGAUGGUGGACCCCAGCAAGCUGGAGGAGAACUUCGUGUUCCCAGAGUACGUCCCCGAGCCGGACCGCGACGUGGAGCCGUCAGUGUCGGCGGAGCUGCAGCAGAGGCAGGCGGAAGAAGAGAGGCAGCAGCAGCUGCGGGAUGAGCGGCGGCAGAGGCGACUAGAGCGGGAGCAGAGGAACACCCGGAACACCCGGGAGAAGAGACAGCAUCCUAUGGUUGGAAGCCCCGACCCUACUGUGCCUGUCAGCGGCGUGAACUGCUCAGGCUGCGGGGCAGAGUUGCAUUGCCAGGAUCCCUUGGUGCCGGGCUACCUGCCCAGCGAGAAGUAUCGCAGCCUGGAGGCACAGGCCGAGGAGGGCGGGCUUGCCCGGGCAGUAUGUCAGCGUUGCUGGCUUCUGGUGCACCACCAGCGGGCCCUGCGGGUGCGAGUGGACCGUGAGCAAUACCGAGAGCUGGUACGUGCGGCGCUCCGACGCCCGGGGCCAGCCCUCGUGCUCUAUAUUAUGGAUGUGUUCGACCUGCCGGAUUCGCUGCUGCCAGACCUACCCGAUCUGCUCGGGCCCAAACAGCUGAUGCUGCUGGGCAACAAGGUGGACCUACUGCCCGGGGACUCUCCCGGCUACCUUCGGAGGCUCCGGGAGCGCCUGUGGGACGAAUGCGCUCGAGCCGGCCUCCAGCUGGUGCCCACAAAAGCAAAAGGAAGGCCUGCGGAGGCUGGGCGGACUGGGCCGCAAUGUCAGGUCCAGGAUGUGCUACUCAUCAGCGCCAAGACCGGCUUUGGAGUGGAGGAGAUGAUCUCGGCGGUGCAGCGCUCCUGGCGCUACCGAGGCGAUGUCUACCUGGUGGGCUCCACCAACGCCGGCAAGUCCACGCUCUUCAACACCCUCCUGCAGUCUGACUAUUGCAUCGCCAAGGGCGCGGACGCUAUUGACCGGGCCACCAUUUCCCCCUGGCCAGGAACAACUUUAAACCUCCUGAAAUUUCCUAUUAGCAGCCCAACUCCUUACAGACUGUUUGAAAGAAAUAGGAGGCUUCAGCAAGAAGCAACUAAAAGUGAAGAUGAUCUUAGUGAGCAAGAGCAAAAGCAUCUUAAACAAAUGAAAAAACGUGGUUAUUUGGUAGGAAGAGUUGGAAGAACAUUCUCUACGCCACAAAAUGAUGAACCCACCUAUGAAUUUGAUGCAGAUUCACUUGCUUUUGACAUGGAGAAUGAACCCCAGAGAAUAACCCGUGAGGCCCCCACCAAGCGCGUAGAAUUGAUACCUGAAGAAUUGAAAGAUGCUCACUGGUUUUAUGAUACCCCUGGAAUUGUAAAAGAAAAUUGUGUCCUAAAUUAUCUGACAGAAAAGGAAGUAAAGAUUGUUUUGCCAACACGUUCCAUUAUCCCAAGAACCUUUAUUUUGAAACCUGGAACCGUUCUGUUUUUGGGUGCUCUAGGGCGCUUAGAUUACUUGCAGGGAAACACCUCAGCUUGGUUUUCUGUUGUGGCAUCAAACUUACUCCCAGUCCACAUUACUACCUUAGAGAAAGCAGAUACCAUCUAUCAGAAGCAUGCAGGUCAAACAUUACUUCAGGUUCCAAUGGGUGGAGUUGAAAGAAUGGCAGAAUUCCCACCUCUUGUUUCUCAAGACAUUACAUUGGAAGGAAAUGGGAAGCUUGAGGCAGUGGCUGAUAUCAAGCUUUCCUCUGCUGGUUGGGUUGCAGUAACAUCUCUGUCCGAAGACAAACUACAUCUCCGAGGCUACACACCUCAAGGAACAACUCUGACCAUUCGACAGCCUCCCCUUUUGCCAUGUAUUGUUAGUGUCAAAGGAGAACGAAUCAAGAAGAGUGUGGCCUAUAAAACUAAAAGGCCCCCCUCCUUAGUGGAUAAACUGAAAUCAAGUAACAAAAAGUAAAAAUAAGUUAAAAGAAAGAUUAAUAAAUAAAAAACAUUAUUACAAGUAAA